UCGGCCGCCGUCGUAGGGCGGAUCCGGAAGACGCCUGGUAGCUGGAGGCAUUCAUUGAAGAGGAGGAAACCUGCCCCGAGAUGGAGUUCGACAGCGAGAGUCUGCGGCGGCAGCUGAGCAAGUACAAAUUCAGGGAUCUAACAGUGGAAGAAUUAACGAAAGUAAAUAUGUCCUAUCCAAAUUUCAGAUUCUCCAUGGACACUUAUGUUUUCAAAGACAAUUCUCAGAAAGAUCUAUUGAAUUUUACUGGCACUAUUCCUGUGAACUAUCAGGAUGAAGAAACUGAGGCAAACAGAAGUGAAAUGACUUA